CACCCUUAAACAACUGUUUGACGCAGCAGCGCAAAACCGAAAGUAAAUGAAAGAAGCAGAACUUAAUAUUCGGUCUCGUUUCUUCCAGUGAAGGUUAACUUUCCCCCUAAGAGGCCACCGAGGAGCAGACAGGCCGCAGGAUGGUGGAUGUUGGUUCAGCGUCUGGGUGCAUGAAUUCAUCUGGAGGCCUCAGUGCGGCGAGCUGUGCGGAGCAGUUUCUAAUGUUCCAUCAUGGAUGAUCGUCUCUCCAUUGUCCUUCUGGGAAAAGUUGGAGUCGGCAAAAGUGCUUCAGCAAACACCAUUUUAGGACGAGAAGCAUUUGAAUCCAGAACAUCAUUUGGAAGAGUCACCAAACACGUCUCAAUGGAAACAGGAACGGUGUUUGGGAAAUCUGUUACAGUCAUUGACACCCCAGACAUAUCAGGAUCAGAGGAACAGAUUAAAAACUUCUGUCAGUAUUUCCUCCAGGAGUCCAUCCCUACUCUUUUCCUACUGGUUUUUAAAAUUGAUCGGUUCACCGAUGAAGACCAGGAGACUGUAGAGGCAACAACCAGAGUUCUUGGGCCUCAGAGGAUGAAAAACUGUUUCCUGCUCUUUACAGCAGGAGAUACAAUUACGUCAUUAUCAAACUACAUUUCAGACUAUAAAUCAAGUUUACUUCCAGAGGUAGUCAAAAGUUUUUCAUCAAGAAUUCAUCUUUUCAACAAUAAAGAUGAGGGACGGAGACAGGUCAGGGAGCUACUGUUGAAGUCUGGACACAUCACAACAGGAACCAACCUGGAGACGGUUUUGGAGGAUCUGGGAUUGGAUCAGUUCUACAAGGAGAAACUGUCACUCAGCAAGAUACUGGAGAUCAAUGAGAAGACCAUCAAUGAUGAGCCUCCAAAGCGUAAAUCAGAUGUUCCAUGGUAUUUUCUUAAGAAACUGAUGAUGGUGAAUGUAACAGUUAGAGAGAUAAAAUGCACAUCAGCUUCUGAGUCUAACAGUGAUGAUACAUUAAGUGAUUAUUUUGAUUUUGAUGAUCUUCUUGCUUGUCCAAAUAAGGAUGACUCCAUAAAUCCUCUUGAUUUAAUCACUGCUCUCUUUUUGUGUUCUGAUGGGUUUGUUCAUCAAGAAUUGGCUCUAAAAAUGUCCAUGUGUCAGUUCUCUGUUCCUCUGCUGCUUCCUAACUGUGAUACACAGCAGUGCACCCUCAUGCUGUGGGCCAUGAGAGACAUUGUUAAGAAGUACAGACCUUCAAAUCUUUCAGAAUCAAAAGGCUUCAUAGAAGACAGAAUAGUUCUUUCUGAACUUCCAAUGAUCUCAUUUGUGAGACUGAGUGAGUGCUCUCUGUCCAAAUCAGAGAUCCUCAAUAAACUUUUGAGUAACUCUCAGCAAUACCAUGACACCUUUGUUCACCACAACAUGGAGUCUGGAGACAUUCAGAGAAGAAUAUCCAAUGGACUGACUGAAAUGACCUGGUACCUUCCCUGUGGAAACAAAAACAUGGACAUCUUCAGUGAACCAGUUGCUAUAGCUAACCUUCGUGGAGACAUUGCUUCAUUUGAAACUCAAUUCUUCUUUUUGUGUCAGACAUCUGCUGCAGUUUUUGUUUUCAUCGAUCAGCUGGACUCUGAAUGUGAACAGCUGAUGUACAAAAACCACAAAGCUCAAAUCUUCUUAGUGGGAAACCAACAGAACAAAAACUUCAGAUUUGAUUUAGUUAAAAAACUGGCAACCAGUCUGGCCUUGACUAAAAAUAAUAUUCUAAUAAAGACAAAACAAACAAAUGAUGCAGAUUUUGUUAAACUACUGAGGAAAAGAGUCAGUGAUGUAAUUAAUAACCCACAGAGGAAAAUGUCUGUAGAGCAGAUGGCUGAUGUUGCACAUGAACUGGGAAUCAUAGUUGAUGAAGAUUCUUCAGAGUGCCAAGAUGGAAAGAUGAAAGCUGAUGAAAUCACUGCAGAGAUUAAAGACAUCAUGAAAUACAAAGAUCAACUUCCUUUACAAGAUAAAAUAUGGAAGGAACUGACUUGUUUAGAAAAAGAAGAAUUUCGUCUUCGAAAAGUUGGUUCUGAAAACAUAGAACAUUACAAAUGUAAACUUCAGAGCGAGAGACAAAAACUGAGGAAAAAGCAAAAUGCUUAUGGGAUGUCCAGAGCAAUGACAUGCUUUAUUAGUGCAAUAUCCAGCCCACAUAGAGAAAGGUGUUAUUUUCUUAAAUGGAUGAGAAUGAACCUCGACAACUUGUCUCGAAUCAAAUUUUCUGGCCUUAGGGAGCUUUACAAGGAAAAAUGCAAAGAUUCUGAAAACAAACAGGAGAUCAAAGAAAUUGACCAACAACUUUCCAGCAGCUCACUGGGAGUUGAGCACUUCUUCCGUGAAAUGGGUCAGAUCUACGAAGCUUCUCUUUACCUUCCAGAAACAGAUCCAUCACGUCAACAGCUGCAACAUCUGCCCAAACUCUGUGCUCAGUUGUUGCUGGAUGGAUUUCCUCUUGAGCUUGUAGAUGGAGAUGCUUCCAACAUUCCUCUCAGAUGGGUGAGUGAUGUUCUCUCUCAGCUCAAUGACUUGGUGUCUCCAAAGAACAAGAUCCUGGUCGUCACAGUUCUUGGAGUUCAGAGAACAGGGAAGUCCACUCUCCUUAACACCAUGUUUGGAGUUCAGUUUGCAGUCAGCAGUGGUCGAUGCACUAGAGGUGCCUUCAUGCUGCUCAUCAAAGUCAAUGAAGACUUCAAGAAAGUUCUCAACUGUGACUUCAUGAUGAUCAUCGACACUGAAGGCUUAAAGUCACCAGAGCUAGCACAGCUGGACAACAGCCAUGAGCAUGACAAUGAGCUGGCAACACUUGUUGUUGGUCUGAGUGACAUCACCAUUAUCAAUAUUGCAAUGGAGAAUUCAACAGACAUGAAAGACAUCCUGCAGAUAGUGGUGCAUGCUUUCCUCAGGAUGAAGGAAGUCGGCAAAAAGCCUCAAUGUCAGUUUGUUCACCAGAACAUUUCUGAUGUUUCAGCUCAUGAGAAGAACCUGAGAGACAGGAAGCUGCUGUUAGAACAGCUGAAUGAGAUGACCCAGGCAGCAGCUAAAAUGGAGAAGAAAGAGGAAAACAAGAACUUCACUGAUGUGAUGGAGUAUAAUCCAGACACUGGAAACUGCUAUAUUCCUGGACUCUGGAAUGGAAACCCACCAAUGGCUCCAGUCAAUGCAGGAUACAGUGAGACUGUCUAUGAACUCAAGAAAAACAUCAUCCAACAGCUGGGAAAGUGUGAGUCAACUUCUAAUAACAUCUUGGAGUUCAGAGAGUGGAUAACCAGCCUGUGGAAAGCAGUAAAACAUGAAAACUUCAUCUUCAGCUUCAGAAACAGCCUGGUGGCUGAUGCUUACAUGAGGCUCUGCACAGAAUAUAACAAAUGGGAGUGGGAGUUCAAAAAGGAAAUGUACAGCUGGGUUACCAAUGCAGAGACAAGAAUUUCCAAUUUUGGUUCGUUUGCUGCAACAUCUGAAAUAUCUGACAUGAAUGAAUUCAUGAUCGAGUUGAAAAGUGAAGCAAUCACAGAGCUGGACAAGUUGGAGACAAAGAUUCUUGACAAUCUGAAGAAAUACUUUGAGCAGCCAGAAGGUCAUGUUUAUCUGGAUGAAGGAUACAGAGAGGAUUUCUCCAACAGCAUAAAGAGUCUUCGACGACAAACUGAAAGAUCAGUGUUCAACCAGAUCACAACAACAGCUGAUAUUAAGAAGGGAUUGAAAGAACUCGACAAAAUCAGGGCCACUUAUACAGAAAAAAUUGAGAAAGCAGUUUGUGCUUUGAUUGUUAAAUGUCGAGAGAAAAAAGUUAAAAUGACUGACAGAGAACUUGAUGAAAAUUUUGAUAAGAUGUGGACUGAAACACUGAGAACCUUGGCCUUCUCCGAACAGCAGACUUCAAAUAUCUUCACCAGUGUGUCCCAUCAGUUACAAACAAAUCUUUCUCCUAAGGGAAGCCAUGCAUGUGAACUGCUGAGUAAAAAAAGUCUCAAAGACUGUGGACUGGAGCCUUUUACAUACAAACCUAAAGGAGUGGGUGAAAACCUCAGAACUGCUUUGAGACAAAUUUUUACAUGGACGGAUCUAAUAAGGGCAAGACAAAAAAUUGCUGACAGGAUCACAUCUGCUUGCAAUGAUCAUAUUAGUGAUAAAGUCAAGAGAAAAACUAAUUAUCAUGAUACUUACAUCCAGGAGAUUCUUCACUUCAUUGAUGAGAAGCUGAACAAAGCUGAUGUUGACAUAGACAUGGAGUUUGAGGUGUCUCUGAAACAACAUAUCUGUGGAUCUGCAGCCAGAAAGUUUCAGAAAAUGCAUGAAGAAUUUAUACAAGAAAAUGAUCCUUACAGAUGUCUGCAGAAAAACAAGGAAAGGUUUUGCACAGAUUUCAAAGAUGUCUUCCACAAACGAUAUCAAUGCUAGAAAAAAGCUGAAGAGUUCACAAACCAAAGUUUGAAACCUGCUGUUGAAAACUUCGUCUACCGUUCUCUUGGUCCUGAUAUUGUUGAUAAAAUGAAGACAAAAGAGGAGUUCAGCACACGAAUGUCCUUCCAGUAUUCAAUUUUACUGGAUGUGAUUUCAAAAAGUCACUCCAAAAGCUUUAAGAGUUACAUUCGCUCAUAUGAAGAUCAUGUAAAAUCAUGGAUAUCUGGUAGAAUAGAGGAGACAUUCUCGUCUGGGUCUACUCUAUGUGAGUUAGAGGACAAGCAUCUUAAGUCCUGCAUCAACCACAUAAAUGCUGCUAUUAAAAAGGCAACAGCAGAAAAGUCUGACAGCCUGAAGACAUUUGUUGUCAAGAUCUGCACAGAACUUUGUGAUAAACUGGUAAUUUCCCAGGAUGCUCUUGAUGCCUUCAUGGUUCUGAACAAUGCUGACCAGGAACAGUUUAUUCACUGGCUCAGCAAGUGUGUGGAGGAAAUGACAGAAGCUCUUAGAGAAAAUUUAAAUUAGCAAUGUUUGAAACAAAACUCUCACUUCUCCAUUUGAAACCAGAGAAUGAGCUUUUCACCAGAGUGAUUGGUUGUGGCAAACAGUGUCCAUUCUGCAAAAUAUCCUGUGAUGCAGGUGGAGAAGCCCACACUCAACACUUUGCUUCUGUGCAUCGACCAGAGGGUUUAGGUUGGUACAGGUAUGAAGACUCUAGGAAACUCAUGACUGACAUCUGCUCUUCUCUUGUUACAAGAGGCAAUCGUUUCAGCUGCAGUGCCACAAAGAAUGAAUAUCAUCCUUACAAAAAAUAUAGGGAGAUUUUCCCAGACUGGAAUAUUCCUCCAGAUGUGAGCCUUGAGGCAUCAGAUUAUUGGAAAUAUGUGAUGAAAACAUAUAACAAGAAAUUUGCUGAAGCAUAUGACGCACUGCCUGCUGACAUUCCUGAUGCUUGGAAGAGAAUCACAAAAGAACAGGCAGAGGAAAGCCUCAAGAAAUCAUUCAACAUCAAGUGAAACCAUAAUUCAUGUUUAGUUGUAAGAACAAAACUGGUUCUUGCAUGUAGAGUUUUUUUGUCCUUUUUUUGAAAGGCCAAUUUACACGUUGGUUCACCCCUUUCAUGAAAGCCAAAAUAAACAGCUUCAGCCUAAUUUACUGUAGCUCCUUAUUUUCUUCAUUGAUCAUUUAUAAUUUUAGCAUUUCGUAAUUCUAUUAUUUUAUUAACUUUUGUUUGCAACAUAUGUUGUCUGAAAAUAUUUACACUCUUGUUGAAAGAAUGUAUCUUUGCUACUACAUUAGAUGGAUAAUUGGAGAGUUUCAGUACAAAUUUAUUGUUCAUUGUUAACGACUCAAUGAAAUCAAUUCUCCAUUGUCUUUACAUCAUUCAGUGGGUGAUUGCUGCAAAGUCAAUCACUGGAUGCAUUUACUGAGUUUCCUUAGAUAGAAAAAGUUUCACCAAAUGAAAUACCAAUCUGAAUGCAGCUGAUUGGGUCAAAUUAGAAUAUAUUUAAUUUUAAAUCUGUCGAUUUGAUGUGGUUGAACUGAUUAUGUAUUUCUGUAUAUUAAAUGGAUCUGUUUUGUAAUAAAUAAAUGAAAUAAAUGUUCUUAUACA